AUGCCUACCGCCAGCCUCGACCCCGCCAAACGCCUGAGGGAUCGGAGGCCGAUCCGGAAGCCGGUCCCGGCUUAUCUCCCGACUGCCGGCUCCGUGCUCACGGUUGAUAGAGCGUUGUAUGACUGUGCACAACAAGCUCCACGUGUUCUGCUCCAAGAGUUUACGCUGCCGAUUCGAUCCGGGAAGGCAUGGAAAGCACCGGCAGGCUCGAUCGUGAGGAUCAGCACUCCAGAAGGCCCCCAAGUAGGCGACCUGAACAUCUGGAACGCACACAACCCCCGUGAGCGCUUUUGGGCGAGCCGAACGAAGCAGCUUCACGCGAGCCACGUCUCGACCGGUGAUCGGCUGUGGUCGAGCCUGCCCUACAUGCGGCCUCUGGCGACCAUCAUCAAGGAUACACUAGAGUGGUACGGCGAGGACGAGUAUGGAGGACGCGUGCACGAUCUCCUAGGCACACGCUGCGAUCCGUACAUCAACACGGUCCUCACUGGCGGCAGCUACGAUUUCCAAUGCCAUUCUAACUUGACUCGGGCAGUAUUGCCUUACGGAUUGAAUGAGAGCGACGUCCAUGAUGUGAUCAAUAUUUUUCAGGUCACAGGGCUGGAUGAGAAGGGUCGGUAUUUCAUGAACCCUUGCCCAGCGCAGCCCGGGGACCACAUCGAGUUCCUGGCGGAGCAGGACUUGCUGAUGGCAUUGAGUACUUGCCCCGGCGGCGACUUGUCGCUCUGGGGUUUUGGAGAGGACAGCGAGGAGAAGAUGAUCAAGUGCUGCAGACCGCUAACGGUCGAGGUAUUCCGUCUGGAAGACGAGAAUCUUUUGGAACGCGGCGGGUGGAAACCUGCGGAAGCAUCGCAGUACAAGGGCAGACACGGCAUGAACAUCCCUCUUGGGGAAGUUCGCAACUGA